AUGACGACUUGUGGAUUCAAUAAGAGUGGUUCUCAUUUUGCAUCGAUCAGUCAAGAUAGUAUAAUUACAGUUUGGAAUGUUGCUCAAAAUAAGAUCACUUCAACCUUUACUCUAGAGAAACAAAUUAAAUACUCUUGUUUCAAUUGGUAUUCAGAGCAAGAAGGAGAAACAACAACAUUGAAAUUGGCAGCAGGUUUAAGUAAUGGACAUAUCAAAGUAUAUGAUUUGGUUGAAGAUAAACUAUCGGCUACAUUGGAGGAUGUACACAGCUGUAGAAUCAGUGAUCUGACAUUCUCGGGUGAGUCAUUGCUUUACUCGAUCGAUAUCGAAGGUCUCGUCGUUCAGUGGAAUAUCGAUACCGCACAGAAAGUCAGUCAGUUCUCUGACCGUGAAGCACACCGUAUCGCCAUCAACCCGGAUCACUCCACCGUAGCAACCGGUGGUAAACGUCUUCGUUUCUGGGAUGUCUCCUCAAACUCACAGUCCGAUCAACAAAAACAGUUUGUCAAUAAUACAUUAUUUUAUAUUCCAGCGUCGGCAACUGUUUAUUCAACAACAACAACAGCUACUAAUGGUAAUGUUAAUGGUAAGGUUACUCCAGUUCCAAAUGGUGAUCUUCUCAUUAGUUCCAAUCGUUCAUUUUAUCAUAUUCGUGAUUUGGCAAAGGUCAACUCCGUUGGAAACACCUACCGUUCCGACUCGAUCCCCAAGCACGUCAGUGUGCUGCCAUACACCGAUAAAUACGUUACCUUUUACUUUUGUGCCAUCGUCACUGAGGCCAAUGACAUCGUUAUCCACAAGAAUACAGAGAAGCAGACAGUUAGCAAAACGAAAUUAAAGUUCGAUCCACAGGUAGACCUCAUCUCCUGUCAACACAUAGAUAUCAACACUCUUUUAGUUGCUCAAGGUCAACGUUCUUCAACCAAGAGUGUAACAUUUAAGAAAAUUAAAAUCGGUGAAAAAGGUGAACCAAUUAACACACCAAUCGAAGUUGAGUUUGAAACUAAAGAUAAAAGCGUCAUCAAUGCCAAUAAAACAAAGGCUGUUACAUCGACUCUUGGUGAUGCCGCCGAAUUAAAUUUGGACAAUGAAAUUAAUACCGAUUUAAAGUCAAUCAAUAAUAAUGCUAAAUCAGCAUCAACUAUUGUAGAUAUUAUUACACAAUCUUUACAAUCAUCGAAUACCAAAGCUUUAUUACAAGCAAUGUAUUGUAAUACCUUUGUCAUGAAGAAUACCGUUCAAGCUUUACCUUCACCCUAUGCAUACAUGCUUUUACAAGUGAUCAUUAGAAAUAUUUCAACUGAAUUCCAUAAAUCACAUAUGUUAAUGCAAUGGAUUAAUUUUAUCAUUAAAGAGCAUGCUUCUUAUUUAUUGACAGUACCAGAUUUGAAGUCAAAGAUGCAGAUUUUGAAUACCUUGGUAGAGGAUAAAUAUAGAUUGCACGAAACAUUGACAAAGUUGGUUGGAAAGUUUGAAUUGAUCGAAGCUAGAGGAAAUACCAAAUCGGUACGUUCCACCAACUACGAUCCAUCGUUGGUUUACGAAGACAACAGCGAUGACGAAAGCGAAGACGAAGAGAUGGAAGACGACGGUGAGAAUAUCGACGACGUUGAUUUAGAAGACGAUUCAUCCGAGGAAGAAGAUGACGAUAACUCUGACAUCGACAUCAAUCCAGAGGAUCUAAUGGAUGAAGAUCUUCUUUAA